AUGGUGGUGUUGAGUCGCGUUGGGUCGCCGACGAUGUCAGCGACUGUCGCCGGCAAUCAGCAACAACAACAUCCCCAUCAGGAAUGGGAUAUCAAUGAUUCUAAUGUUCCAAGGGUCGUGGAAUACGAUCCUUGGUGCGAAUGGGCGGAUGGCCACGUAAGAAGGGUAUAUGGACCGGAUUGCGAAGAAGCAAGAAGGCAUGCAUCUGGUUGGGCUAUGAGAAAUACAAACAAUCACAACGUCAGCAUACUGAAAAAGUCUUGCCUCGGAGUUUUGGUCUGCUCUCAGGAAUGCAUAUUGCCUGGUGGCGGAAGGGUACACCUCCGACCGGCGAUUUGCGACAAGGCUAGAAAAAAGCAACAAGGUAAACCCUGCCCAAACAGACAAUGCACCGGCCGUUUAGAAAUUUUGUCCUGUCGUGGACAUUGCGGUUAUCCUGUUACACAUUUUUGGCGACACACCGAACACGCAAUAUUCUUUCAAGCUAAAGGACAACACGAUCAUCCACGACCAGAAGCAAAAUCCACUUCCGAAGCUAGAAGAAGCGUAGGUGCUGGUAAAAGAGUCAGAGGAUUGGCUGUUUUACUCGCAAGAGAAGCUGCUUUAGGUUCCAAGUUAAUGUCAUUGAGAGGAACAAAAAGAUCGAAUACUGAAUCUACUGAACAACCUCCAAGAACUACAGCACCACCACCAUUGAUCUCAGAUAAAGGAUAUUCCUGUUCAUGUCCACCUUUCGAAUGCAUGUGUGGUAUGCAAACGAACGUUUCAUCGUAUCAGCAACCACAUCAUCAUCAAACUAAUAUAUAUAAUCAACAAACAUCAUCGACUGAGUCAUACUGGUUACCCGAUACAGUACCAAUGCAAGAAAAUACCGUAGGAUAUUGUUUACCAAAUCAAAUACCUCAAGAAGCAUCUUAUCCAGAAUUUCCAUCAUUUACAAGUGAUCUCUUUCAACCUGAAGAAAUUUUUCAAUUGGAUCAACCACUGCGACCAGACUUUCCAGUAAAUUCCCAAGACGUAGCAAGGUCUCCACCCACUUUACUCGACCUUGGAAGUGGCACUAUCAAAUAUGAAGUGAAACAACACAAUCAAGAACAAACUUAUUGGAACCAAUUCUUGAGCGAAGAUUCCAGCAGCAGUCAUCUUAGCAUGCAACAGGAUGAAAGACUUCAAUUUCCUGCUUUUGACACAGACAAAGAUACGGGAUUUGUCUCAAGAAAAACUAUACAUCAAUACGUAUCAGAAAAAGAUCAAAAUCAAGGUCAUUCUCUGGAAGAUGCAUUGAAUUUUCCGGGAUACGAUAGAACGCAAACUCCUAAACCCUUUACAAACGAUCGCAUUAAGAACGAUCAGGAUCAUCAGCCUUAUUGGACUCAACCUCACCAGGAUGAUCGACUUCAUUUCCCUGGUUUCGAUGGACACAAAGAAAACAUUUUAUCGUCCAGGAGGGACGUUGAUUGUUUCAACAAAGACUGUCAUCAAAAUACCAUGAUCGACAGAACGAAUUACGGAACUUAUCAAAGACCCAAAAAUGAUAUGGCAUUAACUGAUCCUGAUCGUUCCGAUCGAAGUCCCAUAUCCGAAAACAGACAUCCUUAUUCCUUCGACGGUUAUCAAAUAUUUGACGACACGAACACGAAAAAUCAUCAACCUAUUGUUAGACAAUCUCAUCCAAGGCCGAAUCACAUGGUUCUUGAGGAAAGAUCUCAAAAUGCUUAUGGAACGCACGAAACAAAUCCUGAAGUGACCGAAAGACUUUUUUCAGAUACCGCAACGAUCGAAUCCUCUGUACAACCUCAAAACAGUCCGGAACCAUUUUUCUAUCCCAAUAACGAUCGUUGUCAUUACACGUGUGAGGUUCUUGAUACUCGAUUACCUCAAAUGACGAUGAACACAGCUCCCGUACAUCAUUCUGGACUUAACGGUUACAGUGACGUCCCUGAUAUCGAUCUCCCACCUUUUGUAGACUAUACAUUAGUUGGAAUGUUGUGCAGUUCUACGGAAGAUAACUCAACAAGUAUGAUGACCGGUUGUCCUCCGAAUUCUCAAACUUUCGUUCCUCAUCAUUAA